CUCCAAAAGUGGGAUCUGGGGAGCAACUACUCCACAAUAACCCUCGCAACAGGGAUGCCAAGACGAUAUUCUCCACGGGGGAUAAGUGAUAGCCGACAACUUUUGACCCAGCAAAGGGUCAUAGGUGGGGUCUACUUCAGAAAUCCCCGAACUACGAGCAAACAUGACUCGCAACGUGUGGAGAACCUCCGUCACUCGGACUUCUUGCCGAUGUCUUCGAUACUCGCCCUAGGCAAGGUAUAAGAAUGGGAUAGCAUCUCAGUAUCUAUUUGCAAAGUCCUUCUCAUUCACAUCAAGCUCUGUGAAGCGUCAGUCAAGAUGGCCAACUUCUCGGACGAGACCAAGAAGGUUGAUAUCGACCAUGAGAGCGUCGUUGGCGAUGUUGAAGACACCAAAGUCGCCGCCGAGCUUCAGCGACACAUCAACCAGCCGCAUGCAGAAAUUUAUGCAGAAGCCAUUGCGCGAUAUCCCAACGAUGAAGCAAUUGAUCAAGCCGAAGAGGCGAGAUUGAAGCGCAAACUUGACAGGCAGAUCUUGCCAUUGCUCGGCAUUUGCUACUUUUUCUAUUAUGUCGACAAAACCACUCUAUCAUAUGCAGCAAUUUUUGGAAUCAAAGAAGAUCUUAAUCUGGCCAAGACCGAGUACAGUUGGUUGUCGUCAGUCUUCUAUUUUGGUUGGCUCUUCUGGGCCAUUCCGUCCAACUUGAUCAUGCAAAGAUGUCGGCCCGGAUGGUACCUUUCAUUCAACAUCUUCAUGUGGGGAGUUCUGUUGAUGGCACAAGCUGCAGCAAAGAACUUCGCUUCUCUAGCAGUGCUUCGAAUUCUUUCAGGUGCCUUUGAAGCUAUUGCUGAUCCUGCAUUCAUGUUAAUCACUUCCAUGUAUUAUACUAGAGCAGAGCAGCCAUCAAGAAUCGCAGCCUGGUACGCAUGGAACGGCGUCGGUGUUGCAGGCGGUGGGCUUAUUGGGUAUGGAAUCGGCAACAUCAAAGGCGCUCUCCAAUCCUGGAGAUACGAGUUCCUCGUCGUUGGUGCAGUCUGCUCAGCCUGGGGAAUCGUCUUAGCCGUCCUGCUCCCCAACUCACCUAUCACAUUCUGGGGAUUCAACCACGAGGAAAAGCUUCUGAUGAUUGCACGCAUGCGAAGAAACCAAACUGGUAUUGAGCAACGGAAAAUAAACUGGGCGCAGAUCAAGGAGGCUUAUAUGGACUACAAGACUUGGCUCUUCGUCCUCCUUGGCUUUGUCGGUAACGUACCAAAUGGCGGCAUCAGCAACUUCUCGACAUUGGUCAUCAAAGGACUUGGUUUUAACACUUUGAAUACUGCUCUUCUUGGUGUUCCGCAGGGUGUCAUUGUUGUCAUCUGGAUUGGUCUAGGUGCCCUUUGCAAUAGAUACUUGCCCAAGAACAGUCGAACACUCAUUUGCGCCUUGUUCAUGCUUCCAACCAUUGCGGGUGCUCUUGGAUUCUUGCUCGCUCCUACAACUGCCUAUGUUGGUCGUUUGAUCUGCUUUUAUCUCACAGGCUCUUACCAAGCCUCAUUCGUCCUUUCCCUGUCGCUCGUUACUUCUAAUACUGGCGGCCAAUCAAAGAAAAUGAUCGUGUCCGGCAUGAUUUGGUUCGGCGCAUGUGUUGGUAACAUCGUUUCCCCAUUCUUCUACAAGACGGAGCAGGGCCCCAAGUACCCUUUGGGUAUCGGUUCAUUACUCGUCGCGAACUUCAUCGAAUUGGCACUGUUCUUUGUCUUCCGCUAUGCCUUCAUCUGGGAGAAUAAGAAGAAGGAGAAAAGAAGAGCCGAGUUGAGAGAAAGUGGAGUGAUAGAGGGUGAUGAUAAUUUGAAUGCCACGGCGUUUGGCGACAUGACCGACAAGGAGAACCCAAAUUUCGAGUAUGUUUAUUAGACGGGGGGAUACAUAUGGUAUUUUGCUGGAGCGGCCUGUAGAUAAUCAGGGAAUUUAGUUGGCGAACAUUGCAGUCUGGGCUGUUUUGCUAAGUUCACAUGAAGAUCACCUCAAGCAAAUUCUAUAGAUACAAAUUCUAUUAGCUCUGGAGAAACAUGGAACAAAAUGUUC